AUGUCCGAUCCAAGAAACUAUACUGUUGGCUGGAUUUGUGCCAUCACCCCUGAAUAUGUUGCCGCCCAAGCCUUCCUGGAUGAAGAGCAUGAAGGGCCGGAGUAUCUGCCGCCGCACAACAAGAAUGACUAUACCUUAGGAAGAAUAGGAAGACAUAACGUGGUCCUUUCGGUUCUUCCUUUGGGUUCAUACGGCACUGCCUCGGCAGGGCGAGUCGCCGAGGACAUGUUGCACAGCUUCCCGAACGUUCGAGUCGGUCUGAUGGUCGGCAUUGGCGGCGGAGCCCCAAGUCUAAACCAUGAUAUUCGUCUUGGUGACCUUGUUGUUAGCAUUCCUUCCAACGGUCGAGGUGGUGUGAUUCAAUAUGACUUCGGUAAAACAAUCCAAGGCCGAUGUUUCCAGCCAACGGGCUUCCUUGAUCAGCCUCCAGCCGUCCUCCGUGCGGCAGUGAACGGACUGCGGGCCCAAUAUGAAAGUGAGGGUCAUCGGCUUGAGAAUGCAGUCAAUGCGGUCCUUGAGAAAAAGCCAAGACUACGGAGAAAAUAUAUGAGGCCGGAUCAAGAGAGCGACCGGCUAUACCGAAGUCAUAUUGUUCAUCCGCCAGAAAGUGUAUCAAUAUGCGCGCUAGAUUGCAGUGAUGAUUGUAAUAGCUUGGUCUUACGAAAUCCACGCCCUAAAGAUGAAGACAACCCGGCGAUACACUAUGGUUUAAUCGCAUCAGCCAAUCAGCUUAUGAAAGAUGCUGUGAUCCGCGAUAAACUUGCUACGGAAAAUGAUGUUUUAUGCUUUGAAAUGGAAGCGGCUGGACUGAUGAAUCAUUUCCCAUGCCUUAUUAUCCGUGGCAUUUGCGAUUACUCCGACUCCCACAAGAACAAAGAAUGGCAAGGGUAUGCAGCUAUGGUCGCAGCGGCGUAUGCCAAGGAUCUUCUAUGUCGAAUCAUCCCUCAACAGGUGGACAGCGAAGAGAGGAUUUUAAAAGCCCCACCGCGCAUCAACCGUAUCACUGAGACCACAGAACGUAUUAAUCCGAAUCUACCACGACCGAGAGGAAGACGGAGCGCCGGAUCACGGGUUCUCGAGGGCCAUUCAGGCCCGGUCCUCUCAAUAGCAUUCUCCCCUAACGGCCGCGUGCUAGCGUCUGCUUCCAAGGAUAGCACAGUGCGGCUCUGGGACGCCACGACGGGCACUCGGCGAUAUACUCUUAUGGGCCACUCGGACUCGGUUUCCUCGGUGGCCUUCUCGCCCGACAGCCGAACACUAGCGUCUGCAUCCUGGGAUGGCACAGUGCGACUCUGGGAUGCUAUGACAGGCGCUCGGCUAUGUACUCUUAAGGGCCACUCAGAUUCGGUUUACUCGGUGGCCUUCUCGCCCGACGGUGGGAUGCUAGCGUCUGGAUCCCUAGAUACCACAGUGCGGCUCUGGGACGCUACGACCGGUGCUCGGCGACACGCUCUUAAGGGCCAUUCCAAAUCGAUUUGGUCGGUAGCCUUCUCGUCCGACAGCCAAGUGCUAGCGUCUGCAUCCUGGGAUGGCACAGUGCGACUCUGGAACGCUGAGACAGGCGCUCAGCGACACACUAUCAAGGGCCAUUCGAAUCCGGUUUACUCGGUGGCCUUCUCGCCCGACGGUGGGAUGCUAGCAUCUGGGUCCGUGGAUAACACAGCACGGCUCUGGGACGCUGCGACAGGGUCUCAGCGACACACUCUCCAGGGCCACUCAAGUUCAGUUUACUCGGUGGCCUUUUCGCCUGACGGCGGGUUGCUAGCGUCUAGCUCCUGGGAUCGCACAGUGCGACUCUGGAACGCUGCGACAGGCGCUCUGCGACACACCCUUAAGGGCCAUUCAGAUCUGGUUUACUCCGUGGCCUUCUCGCCCGACGGCCAGAUACUAGCGUCUGCUUCCGCGGACGACACAGUGCGGCUCUGGGAGACUGUAUUUUACGGAUAG